UUUUGGAGCGCAAGAACGAGCAAGCGCAUCUGCCUAUGUUACAAGUGACGAGGAAAAAAACUGCGAUAUGAGUCAUCAUCCUCCAGUUUCCUGUAUUCCAAAUACUGGCAAGAUGUCGAAGGCGAAAAAAGUUAUUGAAGACGCGAAAGAAAUCAACAAUCCUGAGAUCGAUUUAGUGGAUAAAGGGAUCUCGAGUCUUGACGAGAUCCCUGGCCUCUUCAGUUUGGCCAACAUAACACGGCUAUCAUUGAGCCACAAUAAAAUCCAAGUGGUACCAGCGGCUUUGGCCAACUUGAUGAACUUAGAAAUACUGAACCUUGCCAAUAAUCAUAUUGAGGAACUGCCAGUGAGUCUAUCAUCACUCCCCAAGCUGAGAAUUUUUAAUGUUUCACUUAACAGACUGUAUGGAUUGCCUAGAGGUUUUGGAGCAUUUCCAGUCAUUGAAAUUUUGGACUUGACAUAUAAUAAUAUAAAUGAGAAGACUCUGCCUGGAAACUUCUUUAUGAUGGAAACAUUACGAGCUUUAUACUUGGGCGACAAUGACUUUGAAUACCUGCCACCAGAAAUUGGCAAUUUGAAAAAUUUGCAAAUUUUAUCAAUGCGCGAGAACGACUUAAUAGAGGUUCCCCGCGAACUAGGUCAACUGACGAGACUGCGUGAAUUACACCUACAAGGCAACCGUCUGGUGGUACUGCCUCCCGAAAUCGGAUCAUUGGAUCUGGCAACAAACAAGGCAGUCCUGCGACUGGAAGGCAACUUCUGGGUGCCACCAAUUGAAGACCAAUUAAAACUUGGACCUUCACAUGUUCUUGACUACCUACGUUCAGAGACCUAUAGAGUGCUCUACAGCCGCCACUUGUCAAACAAACCGCCGCCGCCAGCGCAGACUCUCGACAAGAGCAAGAAAGCUAGCCGCGCACGCUCCUAACACCCAGCAAGUGUUCAAUGUGUAGGUUAAUAUGUUAUUAACUGAAUAUUUUAAUACUAAUGAAGAAUUCUCUUUUUCGUGUUCUUUAAUAAUGUGACGUCAUUUCUCUUGCCUAUGUUUUUAAUCUAAGGCUGGGUAUCUUCUAAUUUACGAGAUGUUAGAUGACCAGUUCCGAAAUCUGUGAUCUAGUUCUAUUCAUUCCAAAUAUUAUUUUAUGACGACCAUAUACCAACAGAUAACCAACUCAAUUUGGUUUGGGAGGUGAAUUAUUUUUUAGAUAUUUUUUGUCCAAAAUGACCAAUGUAACGCUUGAUAUUGUUCUCUAUUUUGUGUCGAAAUCAAAGUAAAUUAAAUUAAAACCAAAAUAAAAAAUGGAAAUGGCGAAUAUAUGGAUAGAACAGAUCAAUCUGAACAUAGAUAUAUAUG